CGGCGCUCUCUGAUGACGUCACUGCGGGGGAAUCCGUCCGUGGGAGGGUUGCUAUGGUAACGUCCCCGCACCUUCCUUCCGGCCCCCCCCCCUGCAGGAAAACGUCACAGGUGCGACCGGAGAGAUGGCGGCGAAUAGGAAGAAUGUGUUGUCUUCUCUGGCUGUCUAUGCCGGGGACUCGGAGCCGGAGGCCGAGAGUGAAGGGGAGCCUGAGGAUGAGAAAGGGGGUUUGGUAUCCAAAGCGUACGGGCUGGACGACAUCUCCAGAAUUGAGGAGGACGGAUCCAAUAAGGAGGACGAUGACUCGAGCCAACAGUCGGAAGAGGAAGAAUCAGAGACUGAGAAUCAGGAGUCUGGUGAACCAAAGGAGCUGUCAGAACUGGAGAAGAGAGACCCCCAGGAACUAGUGGCAUCCUUCUCCGAGAGGGUACGCAACAUGUCCCCCGAUGACAUCAAAAUCCCCCCGGAACCUCCAGGCCGCUGCUCCAACCACUUACAGGAGAAGAUUCAAAAAUUGUAUGAGAAAAAGCUGAAUGAAAGGAUGGAUAUGAACCGCAUUAUCCAAAAAAAGAAAGAAUUUCGGAACCCCAGCAUCUAUGAGAAGCUCAUCCAGUUUUGCUCCAUUGAUGAACUUGGCACUAAUUACCCCAAGGAUAUGUUCGACCCUCAUGGCUGGUCUGAAGACUCCUACUAUGAGUCCCUCGCUAAAGCCCAAAAGAUCGAAAUGGAUAAACUGGAAAAGGCCAAAAAAGAGCGAACUAAGAUUGAGUUUGUUACGGGCACUAAGAAGGGCACUACAACCAGUGCAACCACAGGCACUACUAGUACCACAACCACAUCUACUACAGAUGCUCAGAAGAGGAAGAGCAAGUGGGACUCCGCAAUACCAAUGACCACCAUUGCUCAACCGACUAUCCUCACCACCACUGCCACACUGCCCGCUGUGGUUACAGUCACCACCAGUGCCAGCGGCUCCAAGACUACUGUCAUCUCUGCCGUGGGUACCAUUGUCAAAAAAGCCAAACAAUGAAUAACCGGGAGACACCAGAAACCCCAGUGGAACAUUUUUGUGGACCUUGAUUUUAGGCAUUGAACUCUGUCCUUUACUGAGCUUACAAGCCAUGUGGCUUUCCGACUAUGAAUCACUGUGCAAGAGUCCGGGAAACACACUGCAGCCUAUAUACUGGACACUGACCAGACGGACUCUAUUCUAUUACAGGCAGCAGCUCCUUAUAACGGACAAUCUGUUUUUGGUUGCGUGGGAGUGGAAUGAUAUUAUAGGAACUACAAGUUCUAAAAUGUCAACUUUUCUUUUUUUAAUUUUUUUUUUCUUUAUUAAAAUCUUAAAUGCUC